ACACUGGUCCGGCUAAUAAACAUGCCCUUCCUCUGUCUUUGAGGGAGUUGAAAUGCUAUAACAGACUAGUGAGCACGGUGAGUUGUUUAAUAAUUCGUAGUUUUAAUCAGUACGUUUGCCGACAUGAAAUUUCCAGAUGAAGCGAAAAACCUCCCGCCUCCAGGAAUAAUAAACCGAAGCUCCGUCUGGCUUGGUUUUGUGGGCUGGUGUACAGCGAUGCUACACAAUGCCGUCAACCGCAGGCCGGCCUUUAAAUCAGGUCUUCACCGGCAAGCCUUGGCGGUUUCCAUUGGUUGGUUCUUUGGUUACUAUCUUACCAAAUACGAGAACUACACAUAUGCCAGGCUAGACCGGGACAUGGAUGAAUAUGUACGACUACACCCAGAGCACUUCACUGACAAAGAGAAGAAGACAUUUGCUGAGAUUGUGGAGCCGUUCACCCCAAUUCGCUGAGUGUAGGAGACUGGCUGGCAGAAGGAGAGAACAUGUUUAACAGAAUGCCACCUGUCAAUGUAGGGGCCUGUGUUGGUGUAAAGUUAUCACCCUCUACCAGAUCUGAAAUCUUAGUCUUGUAUAUAAUAAAAAAAAUCCUACGAAAAACAUG